AUGUUUCCAAACGGAAUUGCCACGCUUUUGAAAGCCGAGAAGGAGGCUCACGAAAUUGUGUCCCAAGCCAGACAGUACCGUUCAGAAAAGCUCAAGCAGGCAAAGUCUGACGCUGCCAAGGAAAUUAACGCCUACAAGCAGAAGAAAGAGCAGGAGCUCAAGGAUUUUGAAGCCAAGAACGCUGGUGGUGUCGGUGGUUUGGAGAAAGAAGCCGAGGACCAGGUUCAGAGUGAGCUUAAGGAACUCAAAGAAAUUGGCAAAAAGAAGAAAAGCGCAGUUGUGAAGCUUUUGAUCGAUGCAGCAACCAACCCAGUAGGUACUGUCCAUGUCAACGCUUUGUGA